AUAAAUGGUUUCAGUGGUCACCGCCAAACCAGCAAUAACAGUCGUUUAAAUUAUCCAGACAUGAGCCUUUUUAUAUGUUGUGCAGCUUGAGUUUGCAGUAAAUUCUCCAGCCUCUCUGUCGGAUGUCAUCGUAAUCCCCUCCGGCCACCGGAAGCGCUAGAUAAAGCCGAGGUUGCAAAGUGCGUCACAGCGCGGAGCUGCUGAGAAUAACGGAGCUCGCCUCGCUGCCCGGUACCGACACUCUCUCAUUUUUUUCUGUCUGCACAAGAAACCCGAGCCGACGUUUCCGCUCCACCAUGGUGAAGAUUGCUUUUAACUCGGCUCUGGCGCAGAAGGCGCUGGGCAAAGAGGUGCCAGCCGCUGUGAAGGAUCCUGAGCUGGCCUCUGCUCCCGUGGGUAACGAGGGCUCCACAGGUCGCUGUCUGCUCACCCUGCUGGGCAUCGCCUUCAUCCUCAGUGGGCUCAUCGUGGGGGGAGCAUGUCUCUAUCGAUACUUCACCCCAAAGAGACUGUAUCAUGGCGCAAUGCAGUUCAACGACGUGUCAGCCGGAGCUGGAGGAGAGAGCCAGCCGUACUACCUGCCACGCGUGGAGGAGGAGGUGGAAAUCUCUGACAGCAUGGCCGUCAUCAGCGUCCCCCCUCCCCGCUUCAGACCUGGAGACCCUGCUUACAUUCUCCAUGACUUCAACAGGAAGCUGACGGCUUAUCUGGACCUGACUCUGAGGACCUGCUUUGUGAUUCCUCUGAAUACCUCGGUGGUGCUCCCCCCUCAGGACCUCAUUGACCUCUUCUCACAGCUGAUGUCUGGCUCUUACCGCAGCUACCUGGUGCACGAGGAUCUGGUGGUGACUGAGCGUAUUGACGAUAUCAAACCCCUGGGCUUCUACAUCCGCCGUCUGUGUGAUGGAAAGGAGACAUACAGAAUGCAGCGCCGUGCAAACCUGCCAGGUGGAGGCAUCCAGAAGCGCUCUGCAGACGAAUGUUUCACCAUCCACCACUUUGAGAACAAGUUUGUGACGGAGACCCAGAUCUGCAAGGCUUGAUGGGAAAGCAUGAGCGUAGGUCAGAGAGAGUGAGAGCGAGAGAUAGAAAGUGAGUGAUAAAGAGUGAGAGUCAGAGUAACAGAGACAGAGUGGACGGGAGUGGGCGCAGGAGGGAACAACUUUCAGCAGAAAGUUACUUUUGUAUAAAUCUCUAACUCCAGUUUUUGCUUCCCCUGCUUUAACCCCAGUGAUAAGUGAAUUUAAGUUACAGCGUUAUAGCCUAACCACCCCCACCCCACCCCGCUCUCCGCUGUAUUACCCUGAACCUAUAUACGUUAUAGCUCUUCUUGCUCAAGUAUUCACUAGCUAGUGUUGUACUGAUAACCUAUGUCAGCCUGCUAACUAAAGAUAUAACUAAGUUUCAUUUGUUAUGUUGGCUUAUGUUCUGUUGCUGUAGCUUCCUGCUGACUAAUCUAAUCGUUGUUACCGUGUUACAACAUCUUGUCACCUCAGAUGAGAGUUGCUAGUCAUUCUACUGAAUAUCCUAGUGAUACUGAGGAGUCAUUCAUAUCAGCCCUGUCUGUGUGUCAGCCUACUGUUCCCACUCUUAAUGGGGUUUAUAGAGCAGCCUUGACGAGACAUACUAUAUGUUAUAGUGUGAUAUAGCACAAGUCACCCAGGAGAAGUACGGUACAGUACAGUUACAGUGCACAUGUAACAUGCUUGUCGUUGUUUUUACAGAAGGUACCAGAGAUGCACAAGCCCAGAGCUCUCAGUCAACACUUUGUAGAUAUUUCUCAGAGUGCCCUGCUGCUCCCAGAGGCCUCUGCUGUCCUGCUGUGUGAUGAUCUCAUGUAAACCUAACGGUGAACAGUCCAGCACCCUAUAUGAGCAGUGUAUGUGUUUGUGUAGAAACCUCAUUUGUCAAUAUAAACUUAAUGGAUGGUUGAUGAGCUAAAGGCAUGUAUAAGCUAAAGGGAAAUGUCACUAAUUUGACACUACUUUUUGAAUCCUCAUUUAUAAAUUUGCAGCCCCAUAACAUGAAAAUAUCUUUACCGACAUGGUAAGAAAUAAGUUCCUGUAGGUUUAGCACCUUUUUAAACAACACCAUACAUUUAAAAUUGUCACAGGAACUUAUUAGCAUACAUUAGUUUAUUUGAGAAAAAAACUUGUGUGAAGUAUGAAAACAUGGCUUUUUGCCAAAUAGAGUCAUUUUCACUGGUUUCCCACGCAAUGUCUGCACAGAGAGACAAUCAGACAGGAAGUGUGCUUGUAAAAAAUGUUUCUGUAUCAGCUUUUUAACUGAACACUAGAGGAUUAGAUAAAAACCAAUGUUGUGUGCAGCUACUGAACUGAACUUCACUUUGUUGUUGAAUAAAGUUGCAUUUCUUUA